AUGCUAAUGAAAAGACGAACCAUCGCGUGUGCGAUUCUGCUUAUCUACUUCGUCUACUCUGUCGCCGCUGAGGUGCUGCCGAAGGUCGUCAAGCACGACUUGGCCAAUCUCAGUACACAAGAGAUCGAGGAGCAAUUACAGCAUUGUACUAUCAUCGAAAAGCUCACAGCCCACCACACCGCAGCCAAGCCAGCCAAUGCCUCCUUCCUCCAGCAGUCCUUCGCACUACUGUUUCCCUUCUCCAGUCCAGCAUUGAACUCCUUGAUGGGUACGCUGUAUAUCUCUGGUCCUCCUAACUUUCUUUUGGCAUUAUGUCCCACAGACAUCGACCCGUCAAGUCUGAAUGUCAUGGUGGCAUUUGCAGUGGGAGGAUUGUUGGGUGACACCCUUUUCCACCUACUGCCUGAGAUCUUCCUCGGCGAGGUACCAGAGGGCGAAGUGCGGGCUGUAUUAGUGGAGCCAAACAAGAAUCUACUGCUUGGAGUGGCUAUCAUGGUUGGCUUCGUGACGUUCGUGGCUAUGGACAAAGGCCUGAGGAUUGCUACUGGUGGAGAAGGACACUCGCACGAUCAUGGAAGUCAACACAGCAAUGGUAAUGCAAUUGGUGAGAAGGCUAGCACAACAGGCGCAAGCGCACAAGAUGCUAGCAGCCUUCGACAACGGAAGCCAGACGCCAAGCAAGGCACAACAGUAUCCAUGGCACAAGAACCAAAAGACAAGCCUUCAGUCAAACUCUCGGCUUACCUGAACAUUAUUGCGGACUUCACGCACAACAUCACAGACGGUCUAGCGCUCUCCUCAUCAUUCUACGCCUCACCAACAAUAGGUGCCACAACAACGCUCGCGGUCUUCUGCCACGAGAUCCCACAUGAAGUCGGCGACUUUGCACUCCUCAUUCAAGGAGGCAUGAGCAAGAAGACAGCAAUGGGUCUACAGUUCGUGACUGCUCUAGGCGCCGUACUGGGCACCGUUAUCGGCAUCACUGUGCAGGAGCUCGGCGGCAACAGUCUCACCGCUGAAGUGGUAAAGGGCGUGGGCAAUACUGGCAUCUUCGGCACGAGUCUCAGCUGGGGCGAUAUGCUACUACCUUUCACAGCCGGCACGUUCUUGUAUGUCGGCACUGUGGGAGUGAUACCUGAGAUUCUGGAGACGGGACCGAAUAAAUGGAAGGAGCUGAGAAGUAUGGGAUUACAGUUCCUGGCCAUGGCGGCUGGGGCUGGUAUCAUGCUUGGCAUCUCGUGGUCAUAG